GAUCAGGUGGCAACACAUAUACAGCCGAAAUGUUCACAAAAAUCACAUAUCUAUGCGCACUGGUCGCCGUUAGCCAAGCUGGUCUCUUGGCAGAGCCCGUCCACUACUCCGAAGCGGUGUCCUCCCAAAGCAUCAUCCGCCACGACGAGCCCCAACAAAUCGCCACUAAAUACGUGUCCGCCCCUGUUGCUAAACUAUCAGUGGCUCCAGUAUCCUACCAAGCCCCUGUUUACUACCAAUCAAACCCUGUGAAAUACUCGGUUGAAUCUUCUCAUGUUUAUCAACAACCUCAGAUCACGAAGCUGGUGGCCCCUGUUACCAAAUAUGUGACAGCCCCAGUCGUUCAAAAGGUAGUCUCUGCUCCAGUAUACCACAGUGCCCCAGUGUCCUACAGCGCUCCUGUCCAAUACUCCGCUCCCAUCGCCAAAGUUGUUGCCCACGAACCAGAAAUAGUGUCUAAUCCGAAGUACGAGUAUUCAUACUCCGUAGCUGACGGACACACUGGCGACAACAAGUCCCAGCAGGAGGUGCGCGACGGAGACGUGGUGAAGGGCUCGUACUCGUUCCACGAGGCCGACGGCUCCAUCAGGACCGUGGAGUACUCCGCCGACGACCACAGCGGCUUCAACGCAAUCGUUCACAAUACCGCCCCCACCCCAGCCCCCGUCCUGGUCAAGGCUGCCCCGGUCUUGGUCAAAUCGGAACCUGUCCUUCAAUACUACAAAAUCAUUUUGUUAUUUUGUUCAGUGGUUGUCAGUCAAGCAGUAUUUAUAGAUCCAAGUCAGAAUUUUAAAGAAGGCCACAAAAACUCAAAAACUUGGCAGUACAUCAAGGUCUAUCAUCCACCUAGCUCCAAAUAUAUGCAUACGUACGAUUUUUAUGCCUACCCUAAAUAUGAAUUUGAAUAUGCGGUAUCAGAUAAGAAGACAGGAGAUCACAAACACCAUCGAGAGCACAGAGAUGGAGACAGGGUUACAGGAGAAUACAGUUUAGUCGAAGCUGAUGGUUCACUCAGGAAGGUGCAGUAUGACGCUGACGACCACCAUGGGUUUAACGCAGUCGUUAGCAAGCUAUAUAAUAAGCAUGGAGACAACGCCUUCUCAGUUUUCGACCAUACUAGGGAGUUUGGGCGUGGUGUUAAGAUCAAUCACUACUUCCCUGGCAAGGAUUAUUUUUAUGAAUCGAAAGAAAUAAAAGAAAAGCAAAUUAUACCUGUAAAGGAAUCUGUACAAGAACCUAAGAAAGAUACUGAAGAAACUACCAAAUCUGAGGAUGGAAACAAUGAUGAAUCUUCAAAAGUAAUUCCCAAUAAAGUUGAACAAGUCGCGCCUACUCCUAUAAAAGUGGAGACGGUGGAAGUUGCACCUGUAAAAAUAAUACCUAAUGUAGUCUCAAUGGUUAUGCCAAAUAAUGCGAAGUUAAAUUCUGACAUGGUCAUGAUGCCUCUCGUUGAGAAUGCCAGUGAGAAACCAGAAACAAAUGAAACUGACAAAAGUAAUUCUGAACAAACAAGUACAGAUUCUGAAGGAGCUUCUUCAUAUUAUCGUCAAUCCAGAAUUUAUUACGUAGGAUUUUAAUUUGAUGUAGUCAAGAAAUUUCUGUACAUAG